CAAAAGGAAAAAAAAAAAAAAAGACCGUGUAACUUUGAUAGGGUCCUUUGCGCUUGCGCAGAUCGUGAGCGACAUCUUGCUUCCAAAGCAGCGUUGGUGGACGGACAUUUGAGUGGCCGACUCCGGUAGUGACAGAUGCGUCCCAAAAGGUCAAAUCAAGGAAAGAAGACAUCUGAGCCUUCCUCCCAGAAGAAGGAGCAAGAAGAACAGCCCCCCAGCAAAAGAAAACGAGAUCCAGACCCUAGUUUGGAAAAAGCCCCCCGAAAAUCUUGUAGGAAGAAAAAUGUUUCACAAGCCUCACAGGAUGCACCAGGGUGCAGCAAAGGGUUACAAGAUGAGAAGAAAUACCAGAAACCACGAGACAGAGAGACUAGCAUUGUGCAUUACUUGUACCGGAGCACACUUGGUGGGAAUGUUAGAGCAAAGUACCUGCAGACUCCAUUCCUGCGGUCCUUGGCAUCAUAUAUUCUGUAUCGAACCAACAGUCCUUUUGACCGGAGAGUUACCACACUAGAAUGGCAUCCAACUCACCCCAAAACUGUGGCUGUUGGCUCAAAAGGUGGAGACAUUAUUUUAUGGGAUUAUGAGGAGCUAAAUAACACCAUGAUCCCUGGGAUCGGAGCCGGAGGCUGCAUUACAGGGAUGAAAUUUGAUCCGGUUAAUCCCAAUCAGCUGUAUACAUCAUCGGUCGCAGGCAGCACCAUCCUGCAGGACUUAACUGGAAGGACUGUACAGAUAUUUACCAACACUGAAGACUGGGCUAUGUGGUACUGCAGUCUGGAUGUCUCUGCCAGCCAACAGUGUGUGGUAACUGGAGAUAACGUGGGCAAUGUGGUGCUGCUGGAGACAUGUGGAAAAGAGAUCUUUAAAAUGAGGCUACACAAGAAAAAAGUGACACAUGUGGAAUUUAACCCUCGGUGUGACUGGCUCUUGGCCACUGCCUCCGUGGAUCAAACAGUUAAACUCUGGGACCUGAGGAGCAUCAAGGAUAAGUCCAGUUGCCUGUACACAUUGCCCCAUGCCCGUGGGGUUAACUCUGCUUACUUUAGUCCUUGGGAUGGAGCCAAGCUUCUCACAACUGACCAGCACAGUGAGAUCCGCGUUUAUUCUGCAUAUGAUUGGUCCAAGCCACAGCGCAUUAUUCCACAUCCACACCGCCAGUUCCAGCACCUGACUGCCAUAAAGGCUACAUGGCAUCCCCGAUACGACCUAAUUGUUGCCGGACGAUACCCAGACCCUCAGUUCCCAGGCUACACGGCAGAUGAGUUGCGCACAGUAGAUGUGUUUGAUGGGCAGAAUGGUAACAUAGUGUGUCAGCUAUAUGACCCAUAUGCAUCUGGGAUUGUCUCGCUCAACAAGUUCAAUCCUAUGGGAGACCUAUUGGCAUCAGGAAUGGGUUUUAACAUCUUGAUCUGGAGCCGAGAGAUCCUUCUCAUGAUGAAGCAGAAGGAGAUGAUAAAAGCUUUGAAAGAUAAGGGGAUUCCAGUGGGGAGGAAACAAGAAUCCACAAGGGGUCCUUCUCAGAAAGACAAGACUAAAACUUCACAGUCAGUGAAGAUUCUAGUGAAGGACAAAACACGAGGCAAAAUGAAAGAGAAAUGAGCCUGAGAAACCUUGACAUAACCUCUACAGCUUGUCUGACUGCUGUAACCAAACUCCACGAGUGCCUUAUCACACUGGUUGUAAUAGGCAGAGUAUGUUUGGUUACAUCAGGUGCUACUCCAAACUGCCAAGAUGGCCUCUCCCUCACCAGCCACCCAGUUGGCAGCAGACAGAAGGUCACAGUAGCAUCUCAAAGAAAGAUCAAGCAUCGUUUGUGAUCAAUGUUAAACGACCAGUAGUGAAAAUGAAUGAUUAUGGCAGCUAGUGUUUAGGCACUUGUAUGUAUGGAGCUGGCUCUCAGUUGCACAGUCAUAUCUGUGAUCUGUAGCCUAACUGUUUCCUUCCUGGUAAGAAAUGGAUCAUGGACAGCAAAUAUAGCUGUGUGAAUAUGACCUGGCGUGUGAUGGAAGCUGCAUUCCUGUAGGGCCUUAAAUAGUUAGUUUUUUCUGUGGCUCUUUGUAUGGGAAAAACUCCAAACGUGACCAAGGAAUGCCCUCCACACCUAUAGAGGUUUAAGAGUAAAAAUUUGUAGUUGUUAGGUCCUCUGUCGACAUACUACAGUUUUCUGAUGUGAACAUUGCCUAAAUGAUAAAUGGGUAUGAAUGGUAUCACCGUUAUGUGGGUAAAGUAUGAUGCAGUAAAUAUUUACACACAAAUUCUACAGCAGUGUUCCACAUCCUAUGUCUGUUUAGAAACAACAAUUUUAGUAGUGUCCAUCCACAGAAUAAAACACACGAGACUUGCUGGAAUGGCUGCUGGUGUGUUGGCAAAGCUGGGAGCAAAUCACCAACUUCCACCUAUCCCUCUGGCUUGCCUAUAAUUUAGUCUAAAAUGUGAUUUUAUGGCAUGUAGGCUCGAGCUACACUACAGCUGGUUGACUUUAGGGUACAUUCACACGGAUAAAAAUGCUGAUAUCUGCAUCCAGAACCCCACCCGUGUUGCCUUCAAUUGAAGCUGGAAAAGCAUGCUGAAAAGAUGUGGCAUGUAACUUUUCAGCACAGUAAAGCGAUGAAGCUCCCAUCUGAAGUCAAUGGCGGCUUCAAGGCCGGCCACUCUGUGCUGCCUGUGGCUCCAAGAGAGCUGCAGCGAAUCACAAAAAUGCAUGCUUGUACCCGAUCAAGCUGCAGCCCAGUAUUUCUGGUAAGAGAUGGGGAAAAGCAAAAAAUGUUUUUUGGUUUUGUAGAAAUGAACUGAGCCAUUAUAUAUAUUCACUUUGAUUUGCUUUCACUAGUUGAUGAUAUAUAAUAUUGCUCAGGAUUCUCUGGGAAUCAGGUAGGUAUUCUUCUGUAUCCUGAAUGUUGAUGUCUUUGUCUGAAGAAACCUCUUUUGUUAGGUUUGUUUUACUACUUGGGGUCAGUUUUUUUUUUUUUUCUGUUUGAAAUCUGCCAUAAGUAAGGACUAGAACAUUUUGAUGUGUUUCCCUGUAAAAGUAUUGGCACACUACGGUGAGAGCCGAGUCCUGGCACAGCAGAACUGCAGCAGACAGAGACCCGACAGCUAUAAAACUUACCGGCAUUGGAUUAAGAGAGAUGUAGUGUGAGCUUGUCAAUCUAUAGCACCAUUUACCUUGGCUAUGGUUCCCAAAUCAAUCCAAUUUUUUCUAGACAUGGGACAUAAUCCAGGGAGUUCCCCAUUGAAGACAUGGAGCCAGCACUCUAUACUAUUUGCUGUCAUCCACAAUAUUUAGUGUGUUUCAGUUGCCAUGCCAACCAUGGUGCACAUUAAUUGGCCCGCUUGCCCCCUUUUUUUAACCUGUAAUUAUAGUUGGAGUUCUUCAUAUUUUUGUACUUUUUCUUUGCCACUCCAGAGUUGGCACUAAAUCACGUGGUUGUCAUAAGUCUGUUUUAGGUUCAGACUGUUAAACUGACAGUGGGGUCUUUGUCCUCUCCCUGGUAUUCAGACUUGAAAUAUUUUAUGUAUGUAUAUAUAAUGUCUACUCGUUGAUCCACACUGCGGGUGUUUGGCGUUGCAACGUGCCCUCAUUUACACAGAUAUCUUUAUCCGUGCAAUAACAUAGGAAAUUUGUUAUGCAAUGGAUGGGUACACAUAGCCAUAUAUAUAUAUAAUUUUUUAUAAAUAGCUUAGAAGACUUCUUCCCAGUAAAGUCUAUAAAGACUGUUCAUUUAUGCCUGUCUGUGUGUAGUCAGUGUUUUUGAGCUUAAUGCUUAAAUAAUAUCAUAUAAGGUUGUCGGCAGAAAAAAAAACCUCAGUCCAUAUGUAAAUAUUAAUAGUUCCCAAUAUUUGUUACGAAGUUUAAUUCUAGGCAAAAAAAAUGGAAGAUUCAGCCAUUAGCCGGACUUGGCCUCAAGGUUUGAUUUAUCUUAACAGAGCCGCAUAGGAGAUUUGCUUUCUAUUACACUGCAGCCUGAUCUUGAUAUGGCAGUAGAACUGAGCAAUGAUAUAUUCUGAGAAAUGACAUUUCUGCAAUAACUCCUUCUCCACGUGACUACAGAUACUGUGCCCAUUACAUGUAUAGGUAGCAUGGUCAUCAAUACAGGAUGUCACUAACAGCUGCUGCUGAGGAGGAAUCAUGGCAUGGAGCAAGAGGAAAAGGCCAAGCAGCAAGGGCCAAAGGACUUUGGGGGAGAUUUAUCAUGUGGCUGUGAAUAGGAAUGUUUUUUAUUUUAAUUUUUUUUGUGAUUUUUACUGUAUUGCACUAUAUUCAUCAAAGGCGCAAGUCACCUCAGAAUAUCCUAAUAUACUUUUAUAAUGCUAUUUCACAAAUGCUCAGUUACCUGUAAAAGCAAACAUUUCUGUGCUCAACCUAGUAUGAGUUUUUUUUUUAGUUUUUUUUCUUUCGGGAAGUUUACACCCUUUUUGCUUUUGUCUGAAAGGUGCACAUGGUAAAUAUCUAUCAUUGCAAUGUUAGAAAUGAGUCCCCAGAUUUCACAAUAAGAUUUUGUUAAAACUUCUAAAUUAAAAGGUGAAAAACUGCAAAAAUGUUGCUCCAAUUUACAGCCACAAAGCAGCCAGGAAUGCAAUGAUAAAUGGUUUUGUGAUGACUGGCUCAUGACUUUACCGCUCCCCAGGACUUUUCUGCUGUGGCAGUACCAGUUAUCAGGAUUUACGCACUUGAAUAUGGGUAAAAAAUACAGGCCGGCUAUGUAAAUAUUGUAUGCUUGUUGAAAUAAACAGGACU